AGCUUCUCCUUGUGCUGUGAAUGGCGCAAAAUUAGGCAACAUGGCGUGAAGAUCUGUUUUUAUUUAUCGCUUGCACACACGCACAGCAUUUGUGAGAGGAAACGUUACAUCCACAUCCACGCUGCGGAACGGCUGGGUGUUUUCUGUUUGGAUUUUGGGAAAUUACAAGCGCCUUUUUUUUUUUUUUGGGGGGGAGGUUAAAUCCAGAUGUUUUGUUCUGCUGAAGAGGGGGGAUGCUGCAUCUAAAAGGGACGAGUGAUGUGAAGAAGUUGUUUAACCACGAGGGCUCCGAUUACCGCUACUGCCCUACCGAUUAGCCGAUGAUAGGCUCAUAUUCAGGUGCUUUUAUGCGCAGGUGCUGCAGGCUGUGGAAGAACAGAAAGUAUAACGGGGGUUGGUUUCAGAGAGGAGGAGGAGGAGGAUGGUGGCGGAGAUGGCGAGCUGCGGAGCGGCUUGUCAGCUGGAGGACGGAGACGGAGAUAUCCCUGCGCCUGAAAACAAAGAUAAUCUGACUGAAAGUGACAAUAGUAGUUCAGACAACACAGGAACAUCCACUGAGGACAGCUCAGAGGAGGAAGAGGGGGAUGAGGAUUCUGAAGACUGUGCUGAGAAGGAUGGAGGAGAGGAAGACAACGAAGAGGCCGACGCAGAGGAGCUUAAAAAUGAGCCAGUCCCUGGAUCUGUAGCAGAUGUUUCAAACGGGAAAGAUGAGAACCGCUUCAAAUCAUGCUGUGAAAAAUGCAAAGCCAUCCAGCAGAGCCAUGGCAAUGAGCUUGUUACUCCCAGGAGGAUCACUAAGGGACGAUAUCAGGUACAGCUGGAAGAUGAGGGCACAUACGAGUGUUCGGUCACCGGCCUUGUGUUUGAAGCAUCGGAGCGGGUUCUCGUGCGGUAUUCGGUCUUGUCAUGGUCCAAGUUUGGUUCGUUCCUCCGGGACUCCUGGAAAUUCGCUGGACCCAUCUUUAACGUGGACACAGUCAAUAAGGAGCCAUCUGUCCUCAAGUCCAUCCAGUUCCCUCACUCCGUCUGCCUUGCCGAUGCAGAAAAUGAGAUGACCUUCAGUGUCCUGCACAUGAAGAACAACCGUCCGCUCAUCGAGCCGACAGUGGACCACUCAGGAAGCCACGUCAAGUGGAAUGUGACGUCCCUGUCACCCGUGGGUCCCAUUAUCCAGACGAGCCAGUCUGUAGAGCACCACGGGGUAGUCCUGAUCUACAAGCAGCUGGGCAGUGACAAUGACAACAACUACAGCUUCCAUGUCUACCUGGCCACCAACAGCGCAUCUGACAUCAGUGAUAUAGCCAAACAGGUACGGGCCUACAAGAAACGUUACAUUCAGAUAGAGAAGCCUCCCACGUGUGCGCUGGAUGAGGGGACGUAUCGUCUUAUGAGUGAGCCGGAGGGAGAUGUCAAACCUCAGGAAUUGAAAUUCACCCUUGCGGUGACUAAGAUGAAAGGCUACUUUGAAGCUUUCUUUGAGCAGCCACCUCCCUUUAAAUUGUCUCUCAUAGAGACUGAAACAGAUGAGACUGUAUGGUCGGCCACCAUCAGAGAAGGUGACUGUGUGAAUAACACAGAAAAGAAGCCAAGAAAAAGGACGCACAGCAGACAGAGGAGCAGCAGUCCCUCAGAAGAAGAAACGUCCUCUAAAAGACCUCGAUGGCAGGACGAGUCAGAUGGAGUGAAAACAGUGAUGACUCAGGGCCAGGACAUGUCAGAGAAGCAGCUACUGCAGGUGGCCAAGCGGCUCGGGAAGGAGUGGAAGCAGGUGGCCAUCUUUCUAGAUUUGAACUCAAGGGAGCUGGAUGACAUCCAGGCAGCAGAGAAAGAUGUGACGAUGCAGAAGCUGAAGAUGCUGGUGGAGUGGAAGAGGAGAAGGCAGCCGGGAGAGGCUACGGCGUACCACCUGUGGAAAAGUGUGGAGGAACUGGAUGACUUGCCAAAUGAGGUCCAUCAGACACUGCAAGACAUGAUGGACAAUCGAGCAGCUAAGUGAAAGAGAUUCGACUUAAAUUGAUCGGUCGGAUUAUCUGUUGCUCCAUCAUCAAUCUCAGGUAUACAACAAAGCAGAGUCGACCUACGGACAAAACAUUUGCUCCUCUCUCAGUUUCUGUUCCUUUUUUUUAAUAUUUUCUGAACAUGAAACCGAUUAAUGGGUGUUUGUAUAUCGCCUCAUUUCAUGAAAAGAGCCACCGUCUUAACUUUGGAUGGGCAUUGUCCCUAAAUUUGUUCAGAUUUAGUAAUUUCAUUCUGUAGUUGAUACAGCAUAGCUGAGCUGUACCUAAAGCUUUGUGUAGUCAGAAUUUGAUGAUUAGCAUUAUCAGGUUCAUAAAUGGCCAGUAGAGGUAGAGGUCAUUGAGAUAUUUAGUAGCUAAUUAUGUAGCCAGUAACCGAGGUAAAUGCAGUGUUGAAACUGCAAAAAAUGGGAAAAAUCCAACCUGUGUAUCUUGUUUGACAUUUUAAUAUUAUGUUUCUAGGACUUUUAUAAAAUAAUUAGGCAUUGCAUCACAUGCACAUUCCACUGUCCAAAGUCUUACAGACUGAAUUUAAUUUUUAUACCUGUGCACACUAUGUCCUGUACAUAUGUUUUUUUUUUUACUACUACUUCUUCAAACCUGUGAUGUUUUUUUAAAGUCUCUUGUGUUGUAUUUGACAUCUCAGAACCUGAAAAACUAAACUGAGUUGUAUGUUUGUUUUUGUUUAACUUGAAUUAUGAAUCCAUUCCUGCCCUCCUGUGACUGGAACACACAUCUUGUGUUUGUUAAGUAUGAAUGUGUGUGUUACAAAACUGCGGAAAAAAACACGAGCAUUUUGAUUCAGGACUGAAUUAUUCUAGUUGUGUGAGUGCAGCUACAGUCGGGCAACAUUCAUAUAUUUUUAUGAGAUGUCUUUUCAAGGCUUAUAUUAUAGCUGUAGAGAACGCUUAAGAUUUGAAAAACAAACUAUACUGUAAAUGGACUGUACUUAUAUAGCGCCUUUCACACACAUGCACCGACGCACAGCAGUUCAAUUAGGGUUUAGUGUCUUGCUCAAGGACACUUUGACAUGCAGCAAGAGCCGGGAAUCAAACUGCCAACCCUCCGAUUAGUGGACGACCCGCUCUACCGCUGAGCCGCUGCCUGUGGUAACAUUUCAGUUACAUUUUCUCAACAUUAGUCGCAGCUUUGUUUCUGUUGUACCUAUUUUCAAAUGACACUGUUUCCAGGCUCAACACUAUUUGGGAAAAGUUGCAGAAAUCACAUCUGGAAUGUCGAAUGUUUUAGGGGUCUUCCAUGCUGAUGUUAUGCAGUAAUGUUUACAUUCAGAGAGCAGGGUUGCUUCCUUAAAGAAUUUACUACCGACAAUCCAGUCCUUCCUUUUUGCACUUGUGUCUAUAUCAUGUCCAAGUCCCUCCAAAGAAUUGUGGAAUAAUUAAAGCUGCACAUGUUGAGUAAAUAAAACAAACAAAAAAAGGCCUCAUAUAUGGUUCUUUUAACUUA